UUGGCUGCGCUCGGCGGGGCUACCCUGCGCGGCAGGAGCUGCGCCAGGCCCCGCAGCUGCCCGGACCCCGCUUUGUGCCGGUAGCCGCGGCAGGACGGCAGGAAAGCCAUGGAAGAGUUAAUAGUUGAGCUGCGCCUGUUUCUUGAACUUCUGGACCACGAGUAUCUAACUUCUACUGUCAGGGAGAAGAAGGCAGUAAUAACAAACAUCCUCCUGAGGAUACAGGCAUCAAAAGGUUUUGAAGUAAAAGAACAUGUACAGAAGCAAGAAGUCACCAACAGUUUGCCAGCACCUCCUCAGAUGCCUCUGCCAGAAAUACCUCAGCAGUGGCUGCCACCAGAUAAUGGGCCUCCACCACUGCCAACAUCUUCCCUUCCUGAAGGCUAUUAUGAAGAGGCAGUGCCACUCAGUCCUGGGAAGGCUCCUGAGUACAUCACUUCUAAUUACGACUCGGACGCCAUGAGCAGCUCGUACGAAUCCUACGACGAAGAGGAAGAGGAUGGAAAGGGGAAAAAAAUGAGACAUCAGUGGCCUUCUGAGGAGGCCUCUAUGGAUCUAGUGAAGGAUGCCAAAAUCUGUGCCUUCCUUCUCAGGAAGAAACGAUUUGGGCAGUGGACCAAACUGCUGUGCGUUAUCAAAGAGAACAAGCUUCUGUGUUACAAAAGUUCCAAGGACCAGCAGCCCCAGAUGGAACUGCUCUUGAAUGACUGCAGUAUCACAUACAUUCCCAAAGACAGCAAAAAGAAGAAGCACGAGCUGAAAAUCUCCCACCAAGGAGCAGAUGCCCUGGUUCUGGCAGUGCAGAGCAAAGAGCAGGCAGAACAGUGGCUAAAGGUGAUAAAAGAUGUGUGCAGCAACUGCACAGGAGCUGUCGACUCUGAUGGGCCCUUGUCCAGUUCUCCAGUACACAAAACAGAGCUGGAAAAGAAGCUGUCCUUCGAGAGACCGAGCUCCGACGGGGAAGGUGCUGUGGAAAAUGGCAUCGCUGCUGUGUGCAAUGGCAAAGAGCAAGUCAAGAGGAAAAAAAGUUCCAAAUCAGAAGCCAAGGGCACUGUGACUAAAGUAACAGGGAAAAAAAUAACGAAGAUCAUUGGUUUAGGAAAGAAAAAGCCAUCAACAGAUGAACAGACCUCCUCAGCUGAAGAAGAUGUGCCAACGUGUGGAAAGAAAGCAGGAGUGCAGCGGCUCACGUUUCAUUUUAUUGCAGGAUAUCUCAACGUGCUCUCCAACAACCGCUGGCGUGAGCGCUGGUGCAGAGUGAAGGAGAAUAAACUCAUUUUCCACAAGGACAGGACGGAUCUGAAGACACACAUUGUUUCUAUCCCUCUCCGUGGCUGUGAAGUCAUCCUGGGACUGGAUUCAAAGCAUCCCCUGACCUUCCGCCUGCUCCGGAACGGGCAAGAGGUUGCCGUGCUCGAGGCAUCCUCCUCUGAAGACAUGGGCAGGUGGAUAGGAAUUCUGCUGGCAGAAACAGGGUCUUCCACGGACCCUGGAGCUCUGCACUACGACUACAUCGAUGUGGAAAUGACAGCAAGCGUCAUUCAGGCUGCCAAGCAAACCUUCUGUUUCAUGAACAGGAGAGGCCUCUCCACCAGCCCGUACCGGGGGAGCAGUGCCAAUGGCUACGCCUGCCCCACUGGAGUGGCACUUCACUAUGAUGAUGUUCCCUGCAUAAAUGGAGCGUGGGAACCAGAAGAUGGCUUUGCUUGCCCUCGUAGCAGGAGCACUGGAGAAGACUUGCUCUAUGAUAACGCAGGCCUGUACGAUAACUUGCCGUCUCCCAAAAUCUUUGCGCGCUACCCGCCAGCCGCCAGCAAGCCCAAUAGGUUGUCUGCUGACAAACUCUCCUCUAACCAUUACAAACACCCUGUCUCAUCCAGUCUGUCUUCUGCUCAGUCUGUCACUAAUACCUCUGCUGUGGGGAGGGGAUCUGCCUCGCAGUUCAAAGGCAAGAAGUCCCCUGUGACUGCUAAUGGGGUCACUGGAAAAGGGAGAACUUUAAAUAGCCAGCCGAAGAAACCGGAGUCGGUGUCGUGUGUGAAGCGCACUGCAUCCAAUGCAGAGCAGUACAAGUAUGGCAAGAACCGUGUGGAGGCAGAUGCCAAGAGGCUACAAAGCAAGGAGGAGGAGCUGCUGAAGAGGAAGGAGGCCCUCCGGAACAGGCUGGCCCAGCUGCGCAAGGAGAGGAAAGAUCUGCGCGCCGCCAUCGAAGUCAACGCUGGCAGGAAGACCCAAGUGAUUCUUGAAGACAAGUUAAAGAAGUUGGAAGAGGAGUGUAAGCUGAAGGAGGCUGAACGUGUCAACCUGGAGCUAGAACUGACCGAGGUGAAAGAGAGCCUUAAGAAAGCCUUAGCUGGUGGCAUCACCCUGGGCUUGGCUAUUGAGCCCAAGUCAGGAACAUCAAGCCCACAGUCGCCGAUUUUCAAGCACCGAACGCUGGAAAACUCUCCCAUCUCCAGCUGUGACACCAGCGACACUGAGUGCUCCCUACCUGUCAACAGCGCAGCAGCUCUGAAGCGACCUCCCUCAUCAAACACUUCUCCCUGCAGAGGACAUGUCCUUCGAAAAGCAAAGGAAUGGGAGAUGAAAAAUGGAACAUAAACAUAGCAAAACCUCUCACUUUCCAUAAAGGCCUUACCUACUACGGACCAAGACCCAGGCUUCAAGAGACUCAUCUAAAGGUGGUAUCCAGUGGUACAUGAGAAGAGGUUCUAGGAUUCUGUUAAGUUAAAGGUAGCUUGGCGCUGACUUGCCCCUGUUCCCUGGACUUAUUGCUGUGUAGCUAUGUGUGCCCCUCCUUGUUAGCUGUAACUAGUUCUGACUUCACUGCUAAAGAAAAUGAACACCAAAAUAAAACCCAAACCCAACCACAAAACAACCAAAAAAAACCCCAAACCAGCCAUAGUAAUGAAAAAGGAGCAUGAAGUCAGAGCUGAAAGAAUGCUCUGCUGUGGAACAUCACAGACCAGCAAUGUUCACUGUCUCACCUCAGAUGACCUGACACCACUGAAGACUGGUGCAUUAAGACCCAUAAGAAAUCAUCUCCUUCCAGGUUCAGAAGUGACAUCCCAGGGCCAGCUGAAGCUCCUGCUCACCACUUGAUGCUUUGCUCUUGGCUUUCCACAAGGCAAAGCCACAGAAAUGCUUCCACAGAACUGGCGUGGCUUGCUUGGCCGGGAAGGCAGGACGUCCUCGGUGCCAUUGUCCUCUGCGCUGGGGUGGGAGCUGCAAAGAGACAAGGCAGCUGUCAGCAGUGGUUUGGAUCCUUUUUAGACAGAGGCUUUUGUCACUGAGAGACAGAAAGCUGAGGAAAAAGAUGCAUUCUUAGUACCUUCUCUUGAAUACUGUUUCAGAGCACCGGUCAUUUUCAGAGGUCGUAUGGGUGAGCUACGACUUGUUGCUGAUGGUUAUUAUUUCUUUUUCAAAGGCAACCUGGUAUUUGUAGAGACUUGCUUCUUUUCCCUGCUUUUUGAAAGGAAAAAAAAAUAGAAAAGAAAGAGGAAAACUUCACAGAAAUGAAUCCUCAGCAGAUAGCAGCAAUUCAGAACAGCUCCCGAAGUCUCGUCCUGUUUGUUAGGCUACGGCAUUGUUAAACUUGAGUUAGAGAACACUGCUGUACUUCAGUUUCCUUCACAGUUUCGUACCUCAGCUAAUAGUUCUGAGGAAGAUGGACUGAAAAGGUGAUGAUUGCCAGACUCUUCUGAUAAAUUUUGCAGAGAAUUGGGGAUUUUCUUAGGAGUCUGUUUACUAGGAGACGGCGUCUUGCCUUUUAGUCUGUAAAGUUAUGAAGUGAAGUCUGUUCUUUCUUCAUCUCCAUGCCACUCCUGAGAACUGACAUGCAGUAAAUUGCCAACUAAAGUCCUUCAAACGCCCAAAAUUGGCUUAAAAAAAAUAUAAGAGAGGUGGAGGGAAUGCAUCUAUAAGGAGUUGGGUUCUUUUAAUGUUUUCUCUGUGGGUUUUUUUUUUAAGCCUUUGGAGAGCCUUCAGUUGCAUUCUCAAGAUUUUUUUCCCCCCUCCUCCUCAUCUGCAAAGAUGAGAAAAUUACUUUAAUUAAACAAAAAAGCUUCAAGUACUACUUGUGUUUUUAGAUAAUCACAGAUCUUAGGGCUGGAGACUUGAAAAUGAGUUAAGGCUUGCAAUUAAAACCACAGAAGUUGGCAAGAGGAUCCCAUCCCUUCACGGCCCAGCCUGCAGUUUUGUCUCUUGCCUGUAGGAAUAGAUGGGUGACUCCUGAAGGAUGGAUACGCUGGGAUUCCCAUCUGAGCUGGAUGCCAGAGCACUUCCUGCAGGAGCUGAGGGGAUUUGAAGGCACAAAGCUGUCAGAAAGAGCUGAAAGCUGCUGCUAGGACACAGAGCUGCAUCCUUUUCCCAGGUGCAGUUAGUCCUUAGCAGAGCAGGAACGGAGCCCAGCAAAGGUUGCUCCUUGGGACUGUGCUUUGUACAAAGUGCUGCAGGAAUGCAGCAGGGAAGCAAGUGUCAGUGUGGUUUUCACUGAAAACAGGAUUUUUUCACACAUUUUUGGGUCAUCUGCUUAUUUACUAACUCUCUUAAGUGGAGGGCAAGUCCCAUGCUGUAUGACUACGGACUAAACGGUGUCAAGUUCCCAUAACGUUUUAGCAGAAGCAAAUUUGAAGCAGAAGUAAGUUCAUUUAGGCUUCUUAUUGCAAAUUAAGUUAUUUAUUUGUAUAUUUCAAUAAAUAUUUAAUUUAUAUCUGUACAUAUUUAUGAUGCAAAUUAGGUUUCUUAGUCAAGGUUUGCAGUGAUCUAACAGUUGCCUUGAAGAAGUGGUCCCGCACCAAGAAAUGCAGAGUAGGCAAGAGCCAAAGUCACCUUCCUUCUUUACCCAGUGUUGGCAUUGAAUCUUACACACACACACAUCACCACAUCCUAUGGGAAAAAGAAAACCAGGAAUCCUUGGCAAGGACAUGUUGGAAUUCAUGCCUGAGAGGGAAGUGUGGAAAUGUGUGUCCAAGCAAGCAGAAGCGGCACACACCACCAAGCCUGGUGCCACAGCCUUCUGCUCCAGCAUAGAAGCAGCAGCAGGGGCUGCUGGCAAAAUCAAACAACUUCCUUUCACCCUGCCUCCAGCAAAGGCUCCAUAAAGCCACCACCAGCUCACCCCCAUCACGCUACAGUCUAACUGCAUGCCUGGUACCAUCACAGUUGCCAUCGGUGACAUCUGCUCUAUAGAACAGCCAAGGACUGGAGAGGAGGAGAACAACAAAGCCAAGGAGGAGAACAACAAAGCUGUGAGAAUCACCUCUCCAGAGCCCAUCUUUGGUGCUGUGAAAUAGUUGCUGCACAGCAGUUGAUAAAAAGCAACAGAGCUUUGUCUCCCCACCAGCUGCAGAUCUGGGAGCAGCAGCAGCAGCAGGCAGAGCCAGCAACAGAGCAGCACAAAUCUGUUUUAAGGGAAAAACUCCCAUUUUAAACCAGUAUAGAAAGCCAAGGACUGGAGAGGAGCAGAACAACAAAGCUGAGGGAAUCAACCUCUCCAGAGCCCAUCUUUGGUGCUGUGAAACGAUUACUGCACAGCAGUUGAUAAAAAGCAAUAGAGCUUUGUCUCCCCACCAGCUGCAGAUCUGGGAGCAGCAGCAGCAGGCAGAGCCAGCAACAGAGCAGCACAAAUCUGUUUUAAGGGAAAAACUCCCAUUUUGAACCAGUAUAGAACAGCCAAGGACUGGAGAGGAGCAGAACAACAAAGCUGUGGGAAUCAACCUCUCCAGAGCCCAUCUUUGGUGCUGUGAAAUGGUUGCUGCACAGCAGUUGAUAAAAAGCAACAGAGCUUUGUCUCCCCACCAGCUGCAGAUCUGGGAGCAGCAGCAGCAAGCAGAGUCAGCAACAGAGCAGCACAAAUCUGUUUUAAGGGAAAAACUCCCAUUUUGAACCAUUUCUGUGGCUAAGCAAAUGGUAAUAACCUCAUGCUUCCCCAGACUCCUCUUACUCUACUAGGUGCUGUUUUGAUACUGUUUGUUUUUAUAGGUGAUGCCUUAUUUCGUUUUUUAAACAAGAAACAAUCAUCACUUUUGCGAGGAUCAGACCUGAUUUUGGUUUCUAAUGACAUGAUUGUGGCAGUUUGAUUUUUUUUGGGGGGGUGUGUUUUAUCUUCUUCAAUGACAAUGACUUUUAGUGUUGAGGACACUUUUUUCCUCUCUCCACGUGAAUUGGCCCAGGCUGUUAUGUUGUAAGAUAAAAGUUCUCAUGUUAAGAAUGUAAUUAUUUCCUUGUUGUAUUUUUUAAAGUCAAACACAAAAUCAUAUUUAAAGGGGAAAAAAACCCCUAAACAACAACAACAACAAAAAAAACCCUUCUGGAAAAUAGCCUAGAAACAGGGACAGAGUUUUUUUGCUUGAUGUCUUUUUUUUGUUACUGGAUAUGUUGGUUGGCAGUGCCUGUUGUAACUGACUGUAAAUAGAAUUCUUUCUACUGUAUUUCCUCAAUGUAUUUAAGGUUUUUUUGACACACACAUUCGUGGAAACUUCUGCUGAAAACAAAGAAGAGGGCAAGAAAAACACAACAAAGACCAAACUUGACUCACCUUCAGCUGCGUGUCUCAAAAGCUUCAACUGACUUUAUACCUUUCUAGUUUUAUUCUUCAGACAGUCUUGCAGAGUGUGGGAAAAAAAUAACCAACCAACCAACCCCCAGACUGGCACCUGCUUGGUGUGACAAAUCCAAGACCGUUAUUAAUAAAGUUACCUGGCAAAAAUAAAGAA